ACAAUUCAGAUGUGAGGUGUCCUAUGCUGCUAUGGGUGUACUGUGGCGAACCAUUCACAGGGGAUUUUAUAACAGACAAACAACAUGUUUGUCUAUUAUUGGAUCACGGAAUUUUUGUAGUGGAAUGGGUCGUUCGGACCGUAUACGCCGUGAUAAUGCUGCUGUCUCAACCAGUCCCGUAAACCUGACGUACGAUGUGUUUGACGGCAAACUGGAGAAGACCCCAUUAGUCUUCCUUCACGGUUUAUUCGGAAGCAAGUCAAACUUUCACUCUAUUGCAAAAUCUUUAGUACAACGGACUGGUCGAAAGGUGCUGACCAUAGAUGCCCGUAACCAUGGUAACAGUCCGCACAGCCCAGUUUUGAACUAUGAGGCUAUGACUAAUGAUCUGAAACAUCUGCUCAGCCAGCUGCAUAUUGCAAAGUGCGUUCUGAUCGGCCACAGCAUGGGCGGCAAAGUCGCCAUGACGACAGCUUUAACACAGCCUAGUUUGGUGGAGCGUUUGGUGGUUGUGGACAUCAGUCCGGCUCAAACGUCAGUGCGUACCAACUUCAGAGCCUAUAUCCAAGCUAUGAAGGAGGUAAAAAUAGCCAGCGACAUCCCUCGCUCUACAGCUCGCAGAAUGGCUGAGGACCAGCUGAGGAAUUUGGUUAAAGAACGCUCUGUUAGACAGUUCCUCCUAACUAACCUCGUUGAGCAGAAUGGUCACUAUGCCUGGAGAGUCAACUUGGAGGCCAUCGCAAACCACUUGGAAGAUGUCAUGAGUUUCCCAGAAUUCAACACCACUUAUGAGGGCCCCACCCUUUUCCUCGGUGGCAGUAAUUCAGCCUAUAUCAGCUCUGAGGAUUACCCAGAGAUCCAGAGGCUCUUUCCCUGUGCUGAUAUCCAGUACAUCCCAGAUGCUAGUCACUGGAUUCACGCUGACAAGCCUCUGGAUUUCAUCAGCUGCAUCAUCAGCUUCCUGCAGUCUUAAUCCUGCUCUAAACACAGCACAUAACCAAGUGGACCCGUAAUCUCACGAGCUGUGUGUAAAGAUAUAGAGCAACCCAGGGAGGUAACCUAAGAAACGUAAUCUUUAAAUGUUUUAACGCACAAAAAUGACUUUGCUGAUAUAAACAGUACUGUAUGUGAUAGAGGUGAUAGAGUAAUCGAUAACUGGAUUCUACGUUCUGGAGAGUCUUAGUCUUUCUUGAAUGGUCACUUCACAAUUUUAAUAUUAAAGUACACAUGCAAAAACACAUAAAACAGAGCAAAACCAAUUGGCUUUCGGCCUGUUAGUUCAGUAAGGACAGUGUAAACGAAGGACUGAUGUCAUCUAUGAGUUGAGGCACUCUUUCUUGUGUGACAAUCACAAGGAUUGAUACUUUAAUAAAUGUAAGUUUGCACUGAUGAAAGCACUGAUUUAUAGUGUGAUUAAAAAAAAAAAACAUCCACAUGGUUUCCAGUAUUCCUUAAUAAACGACCAAACCAAAGUCACUGAUAAAAAGUCAAAGCAACAUGUUAAGCGGGUAGGUGUAUGACAGUUCCUGUUGUUGCUCUUACAAUACAUAUACAAACACUCAUUAGAAUAUUUAGUGGUCAUAAAAAUGAUUUGUAUGCCGCUAUUUGUCAAGGUCGCAAAAAUGGACACAGUGAGAGAUUUUAUGAAAAAAAAAAAGCAAUGUUCCAGAGACCAGUCAUUCUGAGGUGAGACUAAUUUUAAAGGAACAUAUCAUUAUGUUGGGUCCAUUAGAUGUUAAGUUAUUUUCAGCACACUAUAUUGAAUAUUUUCAACAUUUAAUUAUUUGUUAGACUUGGGAACAUCCCAAACAUGCUACUGUUUAUAGCAUUUUGUGUGUUGACCACAUAAACAUACUAAUUCAACUAUUCAGAAUUAGCACUUUAUCUCAAAACUGAAGUAUCUAAACCGGUCAUA